AUGGUGUCAUGGAUUCUGGGAAAGUUAGAGGCUCUUUACUUUAUCACAUACUUGGAUAGUGAUUACUUUGCUUAUCUAACUGGACUAGAGUUAAAAGGUGACUAUCUUACAGGAGACCUUGGACCAGUUAUGUUACGAUGUUCAUCUUACAAGAAACUUGGGCCAGCUUUCCAAGCGAGUUCUAGAAGAAGUGUCCCAUGCCCUUUUGACAAAACCUACAAGUCUCUUUUUUGCGUCGAGUUGGCUCAACCGGGAUGUAGAUCAUCCUCCACCAGAUCUCUCAGUGAACGACCGAGAUCAUCUAUAUGGAGUGCCAUAUUUACCAGUCAGCCUACAGAGUUCAUUUCUGACGCAGCAAAGGUUACCAAGAAUUCCAAUAGUGAUGAUUUACUACCUACAUUGAGAGAGGCCAAGAAUCAUUUCGACUUACCUUCUGAAUGUACCACGGUCCCAGCGAAGAGGAUUUUGAAGGCAUUGAAGAAAAGCCUUCGCACAGGUCGCAGGAAGAAGUUUCUUUCCGGAAUUCUAAUCACGAAAAAGCCACCGCAGUCGCCAGAACUAUCCGAGGCUUUAGAGCCUUCGGUAGAACCACGUGGUGAGGGACCAACCGUAUACGACGAAGAAUGGUAUCGCUCACACUUUAUCUUCUCUCCCACGGAAGAACAUCAACUCACCAAGAUCCUCAACGAUAUCAGAAAGAACAAGAUACCUCUUCCGGAAAAUAUGUAUACGGAGAUGUACCGGGAGUAUUUGAAUAAUAUCUCUCACUCGAGAGACUUGGAGACAAAAAGAUUCCUUACAAAGGCUUCACCUUUAACAGAUUUCUCCAGAUUCUGCAUACUUUACAAGGAAAAGAUCUUUGAUCAGUUUCCUAAGACGAAGAAGAGCCUUGUUCUUUUCUGGACAAUAGCCACAAGACAAUGGCAGAGUCUAUCUUUAACGGAGAGGUCUCGCCGUAACUUCAUUUCCUGCAAGCCCUAUCAACCUUAUGCGGAUAGCGAGGAGUUGAAGAGAUUUUUAAUGUAUUCGUCUGAGGAUUCUGAUGGUUGUGAUAUUGAUUCUACACUUGUGGAUAUGUCUUUUGACUUAAACAUCAAAGCUGCUAAGCUGGAAACUGGUGAUGAUUCAUCUAGACAGCCGCUAGUGAACAUUACGAAUAGUUCUGGGAAAAGCAAGAGAAAUCAUAAGGAGAUUUCGAAUAGCAAAGAAUGCAAAAAUGAGGAAAAUGAUAUUGCGAAGUCUAAUGUGAGCAAAGAAGAGGUGAAGCAGAAUAUAAAUGAUGCGAAAAGUGCAGAGAACGAACACAUCGACAACUCAAAAAAUACCAAUAAUGAUGGAGCAGGCUCAAGCUGUCAUGAAGGGGAAGAAUCGACCAAAGGAACAAAUGAUGAUGAUUCAGAGAGGGAUUACAAACCAAAUUUCGAAACUUGCACUGGAGAAGAUACGAGAAUACAUCCCGACAGUCCCAAACUUGAAGUGAUAACCUCUGGAAUGAUUUAUGAAGAGGAAAUAAAAGAUGAAGAGAGCAGCAACGACAACUCAUCGUCGAUUUCUGGCAAUGCGGAGAAAGCCAAGUCCUCUUCCCACGAUGAAACUUCUAAUUUUUCUGUCAUAACCCCGAUCAAAACUGAAAUCGUUCAGGUAACUUCCAGCUCUGGCGGAGAUACUACUCUUAACGAGAACCUAGAAUACGUUCUUGGAGAAUCUGGAAUUUCCUGCCUUCCUAAGGACUCAGCUUUUGCUGAUGUCCCAGAAUUUACAGAGUCGAGUCCUAUUCAACAUAACACAUCUCGCAGUACCAUAAAUGGUCUGACUUUUGACGAUUCAAGUAGAGAUAUUAAUCGUACCUACAUCAAUUUGAGGAAUAAUCUCGUGGAUGUGAAUAAAGGUGAGGAUGACUUAAGAAGCAUUAUCACCGGAAGAUCCGAACAUGACGAAGAUGAUACGUUUGGGAGUAAAAUUGUGAAGUCACUUCCUCUUGUUAGAUUAAAAAGAUUCUUCGCUCCUCUUCACCAUCAAGUUCAAUCCGUGGAUGCCGACGUCAAGGAACUCCUUCUGGAGGCAGAUAAAGCUACCAGUGUUCCUGAAAAGGUCAACAAAUAUGAGAAGAUUAUUGGCAUACAACCUGGAAGGAACGGUAGUAUGGGAAGCUAUUUUGGAUGGGCCAGCGCUGGAGAAGCAUGUGAAGGGAAUGGAAGUACUCUUGGAAAACAUAGAAAACAAUCACAUCCAAGACGUCAAAGAUCUCUUAACCUGGCGAAGUCUCUUGAUUCGGCUACCUUGCAGAAAUUGUACCGUGAACACAACGAAGAGGAGUUAUACAGCGGAAGAGACCUUCUUAGACAUCAUAUUGAAAAGUAUAAGAGGACCAAAGAAGCGGAAUUUUAUGGCAAUAGAAAUAGAUCGCUUAGGGACCGGCUCAACGAUCUUCUAGAUGAUCGAAUGAUGGAUAUGGCGAACGCUGCCGAGUUUAGGCACAAAAUGAUUCAUCCAAGGGAUCUUUAUGGACAGUUUCUUAGUUCUAGAGUGAAGCCAUGGAAUACUAUAUCAUCUAUGGAGAAAGAACCUUACUAUGAUGCCUUUAAGAGACAGUAUUACUGGGUGAUAUUCCAUCCUGAUCCGGAGGAACAAGGUGAUCUUAUGUUUGAUGUGGCAGAGACAUGUCUUGAAUUUGGAGAACCAUCAUUACCGGUAGUUGCUCGGUCCGUUUUUGAUGCAACAGAAGACAAGUAUUAUGAAGAUGUUGUAUUGUAA